UUUCGCGACCGAUCGAGACUCUGUCUUUAGCUCUGUCUCCGUAAAAUUCUAAAAAUUUUCGUCAACAAUGCCUAAAUCUGGAGGAUUUUUGACUCCGAAAGCGAUCGCAAAUCGUAUCAAGGCGAAAGGAUUGCAAAAAUUGAGAUGGUAUUGUCAAAUGUGUCAGAAACAAUGUCGAGAUGAGAAUGGAUUCAAGUGCCAUCUUACGUCUGAGUCGCAUCAGAGGCAACUCUUACUGUUUGCAGAUAAUGAGGAAGAGUUUUUGGACACCUUCUCCAAUGAUUUCCUUGAUACCUUCAUGGAGCUGUUGAGGCGUCGUUUCAACACUCGCCGUGUUCACUCUAACAUUGUAUACAAUGAGUAUAUCUCUGACAGAGAUCAUACUCAUAUGAAUUCUACAAAAUGGGAGACAUUGACAGAGUUUGUUAAGUGGCUUGGAAGAGAAGGGUACUGUGUAGUGGACCAUACUGAGAAAGGAUGGUUUAUUACCUAUAUUGAUCGGGAUCCUGAGACUCUAAGAAGACAGGAGGCAAUGAAGAAGAAAGAUAAAAUGGACUUGGAUGAUGAAGAAAGAAUCAUGAAACACAUCCAGGAACAGGUUUCUCGUGGUGAAUCUUAUGGGUCAAAGCAAACAGAGUUCACUGAAUUGAAGAGAGAUGAUGAAGAAGAGAAGGUGACUUUCAGUUUUGGUUCAUCAGCCAGUAUGUCAGCAGGAGGUAGUCAAGAAUCACAAACCAUCCAAAAUAAAAAAAGCAAUAUUCUACAAGCAGCAGCAGCAGUUGGAACCAAAAAGAAAGAAGGAAGUAGGAAAGAGUCUGGAAAGAGGAAAUCAGCUUUGGAAGAAAUCAUGGAGGAAGAAGCAAAGAAAAAAGCCAAACUUGUUGAAAAGAAAGACUAUUGGUUGAGAAAGGGGAUCAUUGUUAAGAUAACUACCAAGCGGCUAGGGGACAAGUACUUCAAAAAGAAAGGUGUUGUAAAGGAUGUGAUUGAUCGAUACACUGGUGUUAUCAAGCUGAUUGAUCUAGGGUCAAAGGUCAAAAUUGACCAAGUUCAUUUGGAAACUGUCAUCCCAGGCAUAGGAAAACCCAUCUGUAUAGUAAAUGGUGAUUAUAGAGGAGUGACUGGAACGCUUCAUUCACUAGAUGAGAAGAACUUCUGUAUUACAGUCAAAUCAGAAUCGGGCAAACUGAUUGAAGGUCAAGCUUAUGAAGAUGUCUGCAAAUACAGUCUAGAAGAUUCAUGACAUCCAGAGGUGUCCAUCACAUCAGAAUCAAAGAAUAUCAACAAACACCAAGUGUGUGUUGUUUAAAAAGACUUUAUAGAGCUCUUCUUUUACAAGACUGUUCAUUCUGAGGAAUCUCUCUGUCAUAUUUGCCAUGGCAUUGUUCUCUAGUUGUGUGACGCAUUAUAAUCAUCAACAGUGCUAUUUGAUUUAACCAUGUAGAGCCCAUGAGAUCCAUGGAUGAGAUGUUUGUAACAACCUUGAUCUUUAUUACUCUAGAAAUAUUUCACCACCUCAAGUCCUGAACUUUGCCAAACCUACUACACAACGAGAAUGGGGUGAGGUUUUGAUUUGUUGGAUACAUGUAAAUGAAAAACUUGGAUAAUCAAGAUAUCAAAAAUAUGAGAUUUUAAUGCUAUCCUAUUCGGGCAAGUGAUUUGAUGAAUACAGAUGGACUCACAUUGAAAAGCUGAAAAUCAGUUUUUGUUUGUCUGAAAUCUGCAAGUCAUGAAGCCUCUUUCCCGGUACUCAAAUACAAUGAAAAUCAUUUUGGAGUUAUUGUAGAGGAUGCUUGCAGGUCUGUAAAGCUUCACUAUUAUUUGUAAUUUUCAGUUGAAUUGACCCCAUAUAAGCCUCCCUGGUCCUUGGAGAUUUAAUGAAAAAAAUACACCAUAAAGCCAUGCAAGUUAAUCAUUCAGCUCAAAUAAUGGCAAUAAUUUAAAUAGAUAUCAAAUCUUACUGUGAUUAUUUAGUUGUGACAUCAAUUUCUCAUUCAGUUUGGGUCAUUGAGCACAAAAUAAGGUGGUUACUUAGUUACCCAGAUGUACACAAUAACAAAUUGAUAGAUUUAGAAAAGUCUGAAAAUUCUAUUAAAGAAUCUGUGUAGUUCCCAUUUUUAAUCUCCUACUGCUCUGGCUCUGUACAUGGAGGUAAUUCUACCUACAUGCACAUGUAAGUUAAAUCCAUAACUCUUUCUUUUAAUAAUCAGGUCUAAACAAAUUUGUUUGACUUGGGAAAAUAUUUGACGUAUUGAUGGUGGACUUAGGCAGAGUUAACAGUAUUGUGAUAUUAUGAUGAUGUUAUGUUUAUUAUAUACAUUGUAGAUAAUUCAGUAGAAGUAAACCUGAGAGCAAGGAAAGACAAGAGUCUCAUGUAAACCUACAGCUUACCAUCUUGUAUGUAUAGCAAAUAGCUGGCCUGGUAUUGUGCUACUCAAACUUUGAUAUCAAGCCUGGCUGUUUUGUUACCUCACAUUAUAUGUUCAUGGUCAGAUUAUCUGCCUUAAAUUUUAUGAUGCAUUUUUGAGAUAUUCCAAUUUCCAAUGAAAUUGUAGUUUUUCUGAAAUUCAUGCGAUUUUUUGUGCCACCUUUGACCUCCACUGGGAUAUUGGCUUGCUGCCAUGCAAUGGUUGAGUAUGUGUUAUCAUGUAGAGUUUUCUCUUAUAUUAUUGUACAUUUUUAAAGCAGAAUAGGGCUCUUCGCCACAUCUAAAAAGUUUGGACACUUACAGUGUCAACAAGAAUUAUUUGUACACUACAUACAGCAAAACAAAAAUAGAAGAUUAUGUUGGAACCCCAAAAUACCCAACUUGACCAUCAUAAAAUAUAAUGAAUUUUAUAUCAUAUGAAAGAGGGAAGUAUAGCCAUUGUUUUACACCUAGUUGCUAAUUGGUCAGGCAUGAAUAAUUAUGACUUAUGAAAUGCAAUAAUGCAUUUUUCAGUCCUUGAUGUGAUAUUGAAGCAUAACACGCAAUACUUCAAUGAUCAUUACUUAUUUCCUACUUUUCAGAAAGAUGAGAUGAUAUGCUUUCAUUUGAUAUACAAUUCUUAAUAUUUCAGUCAGUAUUACGGAUUUCAUAAAGGAUUUUAAACAUUGA